UCAGUCAUCCGUCUCGCCUCGCGAGCCCCGAGCUCGAUACGCAGACCCAUGUCGCGGUUGGGGAACACGAAAAAACCCUAACCCUAGCACCGUCGUCCUGCUCAUCCUCCGGCCGUUUGCAUGGACGCGAAGGACAUCCUCGGGCUGCCGAAGACCCCUUUCCAGUCCUCCCAGGAGAAGAAACAGCGGCCGCCCAAGGAGCCGCAGCGCAAGCCUGAUGGCGUCUCGCGCGAGGUAUACGCGCUCACCGGAGGGGUGGGAAUGGCUCCGCUCAUGCCGACCAUCGAGGCCUCGCACCUGAAGCGGCGGCCUGCUGUGGAGAAGGAGAAGAUAGCAUGGCAGUGGCUACCUUUUACGUCCUCUGCACGAACGGACAGUCUGCAACUUUACCACUGGGUUAAAGUUGCAAAUGGUGUUCCACCAAGCGGUGACUAUGAGUUUGCAAAAUAUAACACGAAGGUUGAUGUUCUCAAAUACACUGAAGAGGAGUAUGAGAAAUAUUUAACUGAACCUACAUGGAGCAGAGAAGAAACAGACCAGCUGUUUGAAUUAUGUGAACGCUUCGAUCUUCGUUUCAUAGUAAUAGCAGAUAGGUUUCCAACAAAUCGCAGCGUGGAAGAUCUGAAGAGCCGUUACUAUUCAGUUACUCGGGCUCUUUUAAUUGCAAGAGCUCGUUCAUUCGAUGAAGUUGCUGGGAAUCCUCUUGUGAAGGAAACCUUCAAUGCUGCUCAUGAAACUGAGAGAAAGCGUGCAUUGUCUGCACUCCUCUCCCAAACAAAACAACAUGAACGAAAGGAUGCUGAGGUUUUAGCAGAAGCAAAACGUAUUAUGGAAUCUCGUGCUACCAAAAGCCUGGAAGAAGCAGGAGCGCAGGCAAGCUUUCAUAAUGCUGCGGCUCCCGCGGACGGUGUAUCUCUGAGCAACAGUCAUCCAUUGUCAACUGCUACACAUCCAGCUUUAGCAGCAAAUAAUACCAUACCUGAUUCACUACGGAUGCUUAAGGUGUAUUUGAGAUCCCACGCACUUGAUCAAAUGGUUCAAACAGUGAGUGCUUCAGCUGGCCUUAGAAUGAUCAAAAGGGUUGAUCAGACUCUACAAGAUCUUGGGGUAAAUUUGAAGCCAAAGGUCCCAACAAAAGCAGUUUGUGCGGAACAUCUUGAAUUACGGAACGAGAUACUCACACUGCUUAACCUACAGAAGCAGCUACAAAAUAAAGAGGCGGAAGUUUUAGCAAACAGAGAAAGCUCCUUCACAGAGGCGCCAGGCACACCUAAGCGUGCUAAUAGAGAUGUUGAUCGGCCAUUUGUCCCUGAUACUACUGGUUUUGGAGGUGAUAGAGGAGUCAAACGGGACCACAAGCGUAAGUCCACUGGAAGAUUUAUGGAUGCGCCACCCUCACCACCCCAAUCCAAGAGGCCUCGGAAGUUGAAAGCGUCUGAUUGACAGGACUAGGACUGUUCAUAUAGGACAACAUCAAACAUCCCAAUGUAGCUUUGUUCUGUUUUGUCGUGUAACAUAUCAUUUUGUAUGUAUGUAGACAUAAUAGAGAAGACAGAGCAUUGCUGGUCGCAGCCUUCCUUUCGCUUUUUGAUGCUUUCUGCGCGUGGAUCUGUUAGUAGUACUGUUGAUAUUAUUAGCACUGUUUAGCGUGAA